GUUCGUACCUAAUUGGCUCACGCAGGAACCUGCUGCUGGGUCUAUUGAUCAGGUGCAGGGCCACACACCUGGCGUCGGGGAUAAUGAUGCCGCGACACCCUUUCCAAACUGCUUAUACAAGACUGCGACCCAAAGACACGCUUUCAUUUUUCGCUAUGACAAAGAUUCUCCUUCUUCCCGUAGCAACCACAGAGUUGCUACAAUCAAUAGGAUGCGUGAUACAAUCAACUUCAUCGCCAGAGUGGCACAGCUCAGCUUUUAUGUAGUUUCAGCAGGCCGCACUACACCUUCGAGCACAUCUGCUUAUGAUGUUGUCGCCAGAGUUCCCGCAACGACAAGUCAAAUCUUGCAAGCGCCAACCGAAAUUGUCCAGCGACAGGCCACGACAGCAGAAACAUGCGGAUAUAUUGAUGAUGAGCCACUCACCUGCAAAAAUGGAGGCUCAUGUGUUCAUUCGAUUCAGGGUCUAACAGCUUUCGUCGGCUGCUGUAGUGACCAGCAAGACUGCGUGGUUCGCACUGGCUGCCAGGAAGUGGCGGCCACGGGUAUUUCAACUGCGACGACAGAAGCGUCGAUCCUCACUUGUUAUGGAUCUGAACCUUACUGCGCAACGCUGAGCUGGACAGCUGAUGGCGCGGUUGCAUUCCUUUGCGCCACAACUUCUGCUACUCUUUUGGUCAACAACACGCUUUCAUCGACCACUGCAUCCUCAGAUGGAAACUAUACUUCCCUUACUCCUACAACAUCGCAGAGUGCCACUUCAAGCAUUGGAAGCAUACCCUCGUCAACAAGCGGUGGAAGCGGGAGUGCUAACAUGCUAGGGGAACUUUCGAUCGGACAGAGAGUUGGUGUUGGCAUUGGAUCUGCAACCGUUGGUCUGGUAUUUAUCGGUGGUAUCACGUGAGCACUCUCUGAGGCCGAGGGUUUUUUUCGUUGAUGGUGCCAUCACUGACAACAUGUAUAUGUUAGGUACUUCAUGCGCGGUUCAAGAAGGAAAAGGAGAAGGAGAACCAUGAAGCAACAGAGAGGGGCAAACAAAGCCAACACGAAGGAGACAACAGAAGGAGGUGCGGCAGAAUCUGCCAAGUUGACGUAGCCUUCAGACGUGAGUCGUGGUUCCUCUGUAAGGAGAAUCACGGAUGGCGAGAGGUCUCUGUGUAACCGUAUAAAUGCCAUAUG